GUGUGUUAAACCAAAGUAAUUGGGGCGAAGCCCAAGGUGGCAGAAGUUACUGAUUUCCGUCACCUGGUAUCUAUCAGAUAUCCCAGCCCCAGGCCUGGCCUAUCUCACUUGCCCUCUCUCCCCACAUUUGUGAAAAACUGGCAGCAUCAAACUGAACUUGCAGACGUUAUCUAAAUCCGCUCUUGAGCCCUGAGGACUUGGAGACAAGCUUUGAGAGUGAAAUGACGACACCCAGAAAUUCACUGAGUGGAACUCUCCCAGCAGAGCCUAUGAAAAGCCCUAUUGAUAUGUACCCUGUUCAGAAAAUAAAUCCUCAGAGGAUGCCUUCAGUGGUGGGCCCUGCACAACAUUUCUUCAUGAGGGAGUCUAAGGCUUUGGGGGCUGUCCAGAUCAUGAAUGGGCUCUUCCAUUUUGCUCUGGGGGGUCUCCUGAUGAUCCCCAUAGGGAUCUACGCACCCAUCUGUGUGACUGUCUGGUACCCUCUCUGGGGAGGCACUAUGUUUAUCAUUUCUGGAUCACUUCUGAUAGCAGCAGAGAAAAAUCCCAGGAAUAGUUUGGUCAAAGGGAAAAUGGUAAUGAAUUCGCUGAGCCUCUUCGCUGCCAUUUCUGGAAUAAUUCUUUUGAUCAUGGACAUAUUUAAUAUUACACUCUCCCAUUUUUUUAAAAUGGAGAGUCUGUAUUUUAUUAAAGCUGACAAACCACUUAUUAAUAUAUACAACUGUGAACCAGCUAUGGCCUCUGAGAAAAACUCUCUGUCUACACAAUACUGUUACAGCAUACGAUCUGUGUUCCUGGGCAUUUUCGCGGUGAUGCUGAUCUUCUCCUUCUUCCAGAAACUUAUGACAGCUGGCAUUGCCGAGAAUGACUGGAAAAGACUGUGCUCCAGACCCGAAGCUGACGUGGUUCUCCUAUCAGCUGAAGAAAAAAAAGAACAAACAAUUGAAAUAAAAGAAGAAGCGGUUGAGCUAACUGAAAUAUCUUCCCAACCAAAGAACGAAGAAGAAAUUGAAAUCAUUCCAGUCACAGAAGAAGAAGAAGAAGAAACAGAAAUAAACUUCCCAGAGCCUCCCCAAGAUCAAGAAUCUUCACCAAUAGAAAAUGAUAGUGUCCCUUAAAUGAUUUUUCUGUUUCCUUUUUUUAAGCAUUAGCCUUCAUGGCUUCUAAGAAGACAGUUACACAUUUAUCCCCCAUGCAUGUAUAUCCUCCACAUUUCUUUCUCUGGCCUUUGCAUGGAGUGACCGCCACACUCUUUUGUCUCUAAUUCAGAGAAUGUAGCAAUUGUAGCAAAUUGUGUUUUCUUCUUUCUUGUUUUGGGCAACUGUCUUAGAUUUUAAAAAAAGGAAGAAUAAGUGCUGCAGAAUGUGUUCCCCCACUAGCCUUUUCCUUGCCAUUCCUAAACUAUCUUCAAUUCCUUCCACAUCAGUGUGUUUGGUGGAGUUCCUUUUGCACCAUUGUUUUAAAGAACGUAAAAAUAAAUAGGUGGAAUACAGAACCUAUUUCAUCUAUAUUUUCAUGGGCUGAUACUGCGACUCAAUCUCAGAGCCUCCAUACCCCAUUACGGGACUUCUAAGUUAUUUAUACCCAACCCAUUUUGUCUACAAACAGGAUAGCUUAUGCAUGGAGAUGUCUCUAUCUGUUGUAACUUUCCCUAACUCCUGUUCUAGGCUCUUGGUUGCAUUGCCUACCUACUUCUAGCCUUGACCCAAGAGAAGAAAGAAUGAAUGAAAGCAAAAUGUUGUAAUGAGUACCCAAACCUCAAACAACAAUCAGCACUGUAUUUAUAGCAUGCUUUCCAGUUCACAAAGUAUUUUAUCAAAUAAUUUCAUUUGAUCUUCCAUGAUCUAGAAAGAAUCAUUAUCCCUAUUUUACAAGUGUGUCUUGGUGGCACAGUGGUUAAAGUGCUCAACCACUAACCAAAAGGUCGGUGGUUCGAACACACCAGCCUGCUCCAUAGAAGAAAAAUUGACAGUCUGCUUCCAUAAAGAUUUACAGACUUGGAAACCCUAUGGGGCAGUUCUACUCUGUCCUAUCAGGUCGCUAUGAGUCAAAAUCAAAUCGAUGACAGUGGGUUUGAUAUUUUACAAGUGAUCCAAAGAAGUGAAGUAAUUUGUAAUCAAGUAAAGGUAACUUGUUUCAUAACCAGAUUUUCUUACUCAAAUUCUGUGAUGUUAGAAAGAACUGAAUUGCCUCUCCAAAUGUUCAAUCUACUAGAGCCAAGUCAACAGGUCUUAUCAAGCACUUAAGUACUCUCUGACCAGCACUGAGCAGUAUGGAGAGUGACACAGAAGAAUCAGAAGUUAGGUUUUGCCCCUUGGGAAUAAAAAGGCUUAGACACUUAGAACAUCUGGAAAGCUACUUACAUCGAUAUAUAAUUAGCUUUUAGAUGAUCUAAUGCAGAUGCUAAAUGCUGUAGACAUUCUCAGAAAGAUCAUGCUUGGAAAUAACAUAAUUAGCUGAAAUGCCAAGUCUUGGGAAAUAGCCACCCUCUUCUCAAUUCCUGUUCGUAUCAAAGAGAUACUUACGCAGAAAGAAUGUUAACCUAAGAAGCUAUCACUAUAAUCUAUCAACUACAUUUGAUCAUUUUUUACAUGUCGAGUGCUGCCAGGUUGUGGCAAGCAUACAGACAAUGUAGACUACCAAUGGCAGAUAGUUCUUGCAAUUAGAAAAAUAAGUAGGCAGAACAUUCCUCUGCGUAUAGAUAGUCCUCAAAAAUGGCUUUAAACAAUCGCAGCAGUGUUCACAAUAGCAAAAAGAUGGAACCAACCAAGAUGCCCAUCAACAGAUGAAUGGAUAAAUUAUGGUAUAUUCACAUAAUGGAAUACUACACAAUGAUUAAGAACAAUGAUGAAUCCAUGAAACAGCUCAUAACAUGGAAGAAUCUGGAAGGCGUUAUGCUGAGUGAAAUCAGUCAGUUGCAAAAGGACAAACAUUGUAUGAGACUGCUAUUAUAAGAACUCAAGAAAAAGUUUAAACACAGAAGAAAAUAUUCUUUGAUGGUUACUAGGGUGGGUAAGGAAGAAAAAGGGUAUUCACUAAUUAGAUACUAGACAACUAUUUUAGGUGAAGGGAAAGACAACACACAAUACAGGGGAGGUCAGCACAACUGGACUAAACAAAAAGCAAAUAAGCUUCCUGACUACAACCAAAUGCGUCCAAGGCCAGAGUAGCAGGGACGGGGGUCUGGGGACCAUGGUUUAAGGGGACAUCUAGGGCAAUUGGCAUAAUAAAAUCUAUUAAGAAAACAUUCUGCAUCCCACCUUGGUGAGUGGUGUCUGGGGUCUUCAAUGCUAGCAAGCGGCCAUCUAAGAUGCAUCAAUUGGUCUCAACCCACUUGGAGCAAAGGAGAAUGAAGAACACCAAAGACACAGGGUAGAUAUGAGCCCAAGAGACAGAAACGGCCACAUAAACCAGAAGCUACAUCAGCCUGAGACCAGAAGAACUAUUUGGUGCCCGGCUACCACCAAUGACUGCUCUGACAGGGAACACAACAGAGAAUCCCUUAUGGAGCAGGAGAACAGUGGGAUGCAGACCUCAAAGUCUCGUAAAAAGACCAGACUUAAUGGUCUGACUGAGACUGAUGGGACCCCGGAGGUCAUGGUCCCCAGACCCUCUGUUAGCCCAAGACUGGAACCAUUCCUCAAGCCAAAUCUUCAAACAGGAAUUCGACUAGACUAUAAGACAGAAAAUGAUACUAGUGAGGAGUGAGCUCCUUGGCUCAAGUAGACACAUGAGACUGUGGGCAGCUCCUGUCUAGAGGUGAGAUGAGAAGGCAGAGGGAGACAGGAGCUGGUUGAAUGGACACAGGGAAUACAGGGUGGAGAGGAGUGUGCUGUCUCAUUAGGGGGAGAGCAGCUAGGAGUACAUAGCAAAAGUGUGUAUAAGUUUUUGUAUGAGAGACUGACUUGAUUUGUAAACUUUCACUUAAAGCACAAUAAAUUUUUUUUUAAAAAAAAAGCUUUAAACAAAUAAAACUAUGUAUGUGUUCUUAUCUGCAACAAAUGAUUCCAACAUUGGUGUUCCUCCAGUCUUCCUUACUCUUGUGUCUCUAGAACAUGGGAGGCUGCUAUAGCUUUGAGUGCAUAUUCACAUAACCCCAAUCUGAGACACCAGGUCAUCAAAUAUUCAUGUCAGUGUAUUCUUACACAUACACAUUCCCAAGGAAAAUUUCAUAAAAUAGGUCAUCGAUAAUGCAUUCCUCACUCUCGGCAUUCCAGGACACAACUGAAAUACAUUUCACACAUCCCUGCCUUGAACUUGAAGAGAGGGAAGAAAGUGUGACAGUGUAAGUCCAAGAGGAAAAAAAAUAAAACCAGGAAAACUUCAAAAAAGAUAAGAUCUUAUUUCUACCUUAUUUUCUCCACUUCUGAAAUAUAAAGAAGGUUGCUGGCCUGACAAAGACUGGAGAAACCCUGAGAGUAUGGAACCCGGACACCCAUUCAGCUAUAUGAGACAUCUUUAAUGUCUACUGUGAAAGAAGAAUGAUAAUCCUUGAUAUGACCUUCUCCCCUAAAUACCCCUUCAGUAAGAUGUUGUUGUUGCUGUGUGCCCUCAAAUCGAUUCCAACUCACAGAGACCCUAAUGGGACAGAUUAGAACUCCUUCCAUUGGAUUUCUUAGGCUGAAAUCUUUAUGGGAGCAGAUCACCAGGUCUUUUCUCCCAUGGAGCAGCUGUUGGCUUCAAACUGCCAACCUUUCGGUUAGCAACUGAGUCCUUAACCAUUUUGCCACUGGGGCUUCUUUUUUGUAAUAUAGAAUCAAGUACAUAAUAACAAUGGCCAAUAGAAAACAAGAUUUGCACUGAAGUAGAAGAUAUAUCCUCUGGUCUUUAUUAUUUUCCUCUCAGUUCUUAUUUUUGUAAAAACAAUCUUAUAACUAUGAAAGAAAUGAACUUAAAAAAAAUCAAUUUACCCACUUAUUAGGAAGUUGACAUCACCUGUUACCAUUUUUCCUUGUGCUCUUAUAAUCCUUGCUCAAGGUAGGGUGAGCAACCAUCCAUUUGUCUGGGACUGAGGGACUUCCUGAGAUGUGGGACUUGCAGAGCUAAAGCUAGGAUUAUUCCAAGGAAACCAGAAUGUUUGAUCAUCCUAAUUCAUAAUAAUACCUAAUUCUACCUAGUUAUACUUACUGCAUAACUUAAUUUGCUUAACAUUAGAUGAUAAAUAUUUUUCUGAUUAAUAUACAAUUUUCAUAAGCAUAAUUUUUAAUUGCAACUUAGCGUUUCAUGAAAUCAACAUAAAUUAAUUCAACAUUCCUCUAUAAUUGGGUACUUAGGGUAUUUCCAACUUUUUUUUUUUUUUCAAAUCACUUUUGGAGUUACAGAAACCAUGACCAAGGUACUUAUUUCCUCUUCUCAUUAUUCAAAAUGUGGCUUCACACUUCUUUUGUCAAAGUCUAUCAGUAGGAAGUACUGGCACCAGUUAAAAAUCAGGCAAUGAAUUCUUAUUUCACUUUGAAAGGAAACCAGUCAAAGAUCCAACACACAGAAAUGGUGGCUUCCGAUUGAUUUAGUAUGAGUUCACUUAUGAAAUUUGAUUUAUUUUAAAUUCUUUGUAUAUAACCUAAAAUAUUGAUGGUUGUUAGCUGCCACUGAGUCUGCCCCAACUCAUGGUGAUCUCAUGUGCUACAGAGAAGAGCUGCUCUAUAGAAUUUUCCUGGCUGUCAUCUUUACAGAAACAGUUCACCACGCCUUUCUUUCAAACAGCCACCAGGUAUGUUCAAACCACCAACCUUUAGGUUAGCACCCAAUCUCAAACAGCUGGUACCACACAGGCUCCAAAACACUGAUGAUGGGUGUUUAAAUCUGAAAUCUUCCUAGGAUGUCUGUGAUCCUUCACGGUGUUUCCUUUCAAUUCAAAACCUGGCUAUGUGUUGUGUGCUAAGGAGAACCAAGCAAUAAAAAAUGAAUGUGGUAGAAUUGUCUGGUGGUAAAUUCAAAGCUAAGUUUGAAAUCUCCUAUGGAGUUAUGUUUGUCCCUUGUUCAUCUCUUCCCUUGGUG